AUGGUGAAUAGCAAUAGCAACGAUGGCAUCAACGAUUUGGGCGAAGUGGUCUCUAGAGCCGAAGAGACUGCUCGUACACUGGUCGACUUGGCCAACAGCAGCAAGACGAUCCAAUUACAGACACGGAGACAAAUGAACCAGCUCCAGUCCGAACUGACCCGCACGACCGCCCUGUACAGACUAAUCUACAACGACAUCAUCUGCCACCUGGAGACAUCUUCCAUGACGUUCCUCAGCCUCGCCCCCGCAGACCUGAGCCUUUGCAGACUACCCUUCAGGCGUAUCAACGAGACCCUGCGCGUCUAUGAACAGAGCCCGGCAGCGGCGGCACCCCUCACUGGCCCGCAGUACCCGAAACUCGUCCUCGAAACCCACAGGCAGCUCAAGGCCCUCAACGACGAGAUCCGCGCCGACGUCGUCCUCGCCAUCAAGCGCGUGCUCAACCAGGGCCUCUUUAGCCGGGAUACCCGCGCCGUGCAGCUGCGCGACAUCGCGGCGGCGCGGGACCAGAGCCUCGAGCAUGACAUUUGGCAGAUUCGCAUCCAGCGGGGGGAUGCACCCCUGAUCGCGAGCCUUCUCCUCCCAAACGAUCCCGAUACCCCCGACGGCGAGAACACGCCGAUGAAGACCCCGUGCCUGCGGUUCCACGACGCGAGUACCAUUGUCGAGACGAGGGAGAUGCCGCGGGAUGACCCGGCCAUGUACCGCACGACGCUGAAGCUCGCGACGUUUCUGCACGCCACGCGAUCGCCGUACCUCCUCCGCUGCACAAACUUUAGGGUGGUGGCGCACCACGCCCAGAACCAGCGGCGACGACGCCGCCUAGAGUACAUUUACGACGCCGCGCCCCUGCAGGGCUGUCGUCGCGGCGAGAUCCACAGGUUGUCGGAGCAUCUCGGCUCGCCCGAGGGCCAUUUUACGCGCGGCAGACGGGAGGCGGCGGCGAGGAUCCUGUCGGACAAGAUUCGGUUUGCGGGGUCGCUUGCGCGGUCGCUGAGCGAGCUUCACGCCGUGGACCGGGUGCAUGGUGCGGUGUGCGCUGAGAAUGUGUGGUUUGGGGUCCGGGGGCAAGCCUAUGAGGCCAAGGUGUCGUUGCCGCUGCUGGUUGGGUUUGGGCUUGAGGAGGAGGUGGAGGAGGAGGUGAGGCGGUGUCGGGUUGCGGGGGAUGGCGAUGGCGGUGGUGGUGUUGGUGGUGGUGGUGACGAUGGGAGGGCGGCGCUUGAGGAGGCCAAGAGGCGGGAUAUACUGGCGCUGGGGGUGUUGUUGUUGGAGAUUGGGCUGGGGCGGUCUGUUGCGGAGGGCGGGGGUCCGUCUGCGUCUGCGGCUACGUCUGCGUCUACGUCUGUGGCCUCAUCCUUGGGUGUUGGCGCCGUCGCGGCUGCAGAGCAUCUUGGGACGUUGAACGCGGUUAUGGGAGGGAGGUACACGGCUGCCGUCAGGGCCGCGCUGGAUCCGCGGCAGUUGGCUGUGACUUUUCUGGCUAUGGAUAGGGGAGGCGGCGGCGGUGAGGAUGAGGGCGUAGCUGGUCAGGGCGCUGGUGUCUUUGGUGCGAGGGGGAGUUGUGGGUUGGAUCGGGCUUUCAGGGGGGUUGUUGUCGACGAGCUGUUGGGUGUUGUUGGGAGGGCGUGA